AUGACAUUAGAUGAGCAUUACAUUUGUCAACGAGCUGCGAAUGCCAUCAUCUCCGAAAUUGGGCCCUUCAGAGUAUCUACAGACGCCUUGCAAGCUAUAAAUCAGUUCCUGGAUGAAUUUAUCGUUCUUUUAUUGACUUGCUCACUUUCCCUGGAUCUGUCUCAAAUUAAAUCCGUCGUCGUCAGUCUACUGCCAUCAACACUCGGUAAAAACGCUAUUGUGGAAGCAGAGCUCGAGGUCAAAACCUUCACUGAGACCGAGAGCAUUGACUAUGAUUUGUAUGAACGUAUGCGCAACUUGUCUGAAAAGGAUUUCCCACUGAAUGAGGCUGUGCCGCUGUUGAGAGAGAAAUGCUUUGAGUUUUGUACACUAGCAGACAAGGAUGAUCAACUGUAUCUACAGAAAAGCAUUCGACACAAACGCAACGAGGCGAAUAUGAAGGUGAUUAUCUCGCCCAUUGUGGCCAUCUAUGUCACGACUGUCAUGGAGCACAUUGCAGAGUACUUGCUGACAGCAGUGGCAAUGACAGCAGAGCACGAGGACACAGAUUAUGUCAGAGUAAAGGAAGUAUUCUUGGCUCUGAUUGACGAUAUUCAGCUGGGCGAUGUGUUUCAUAGAAUGGAUUUGAAGGAUAAAAUGGAGAAAAGAGCUGGUUUCUUGAACGCCAAUAUAGCGAGGGCAUCCUACCUGCCAAAUCCUCCAGCGCCAGCAAACAAUAGAAAAAGCUACACGAUAGACCAUCAGAAUGAAACUGGUUCAUUCUUGGAUAUUACAUUUGACGAUCUUGAUUUGGACUAUUUUGACGACAAUCCACGCAAAAGCACAGUAUCCACCACCUCCCGCGUGCCUGAAAUCGCGCGACCUCAUUCCGCCAUGUCUUAUUCGAGCGCAAUUACGGCUAAUACAAACGCCCUCAACACGACAUACAACGCUAAUAGAAAAUCAACAUUCCAUUUGUUUAAGAAUAAUCGAAAUUCUUUUAGUGGGGAUGUACUACCACGUGCUUCUUCACCAGCUUCAUCUGUUUAUGACCCAGACGCACCCAAUGCUAUGAAUUUUGAUGACCUGAUAAAGUCAGGUGGAACUGUCAAAGUCUCAUUAACACCAAAUAGGCUCAGAUCCAUUGAGCACAAGGAUGAAUUGGCUCCACCUCAGCCCACAUGGGAGCGUCGUUCAACGAGUUCUGCCUCGCCAAGGUUGUCUGCAGUUCAUUCUCUUCCAUCCAGGCCAUCGUCGCCACUGGUAUCUCAGCAGCAGCAGCAUGGCUCAGCAUCAACCAAAAAGCUGCCUCCAUCUCAAUCCAUGUCGCUGUCAUCAUCCUCGUCGUCCUCACUGUCCUACAACAACAACAACAACAACAACAACAACGAACAAGACGGCAUCCAGAUGGAUUAUCACAAGCCCAAAAUGUCAAUUGAAGUACCCAAGAUCAAUGCUCGUCCUCAGACACCAUCCUCGCCUCUCAGCAAAAAGAGUUUCACUAUCAAUGAUGCCAGUAGAUUUGAGAAUCCUAGAAAUGCACCCAAGCCUCCGCCUUCGCUCUCUUCUGAUUCAUUGCCUGGAACGAUCCCUAUUGCUGCUCCGUUGAUCCAUCCACCUAGUAGCAUCAAAUCGCCCAAGCUCAAUGCUGCCACACUCAGCCAUACGCCGCCUCCCAUUGCCAGCAGUAACAGCAGCAGCAAGUUGCCCGUCCUAGCAUCCCCUGCCACUCCAAAACCAGCAGUGAUCACGCCCCUUGGUAAACUACCAUCGCCUCCCACCACCACCACCCCAUCAUCAUCGAAGCGAUCUCCUUCCGUCAGAUCAGCCACCGUCAGUGCUUCUACACCAUUUGUAAAUAACAGUAGCAAUGAUUCAAUUGCAUCCACUGUCUCUUCCGUAGCCAGCAUGCCAUCGCCUAUUGUCAAAAGUACUUCCCAUACAACUACCAUAUCCAUUCAAGAACCACCCUUACCUCGACCUUCAAAAUCUAAUAGUAACAACAACAGUAAUACAAGCAAUACUAAUAUAAUCAACACGAACGGUAUGGUGAUCCGCAGAAGCAGUAUGAGCAGUCGAAAGAGCCGAGAAAACUUGAGGAAGCUAAAAGAAGAGCAGUUGCAAAAGGAGUUGGCAGCAGUGGUAGUGGAUGAACCCAUGCCUACCGCCGUUCUCAAGUUGGGCGAUGGUGCUACUCAAGCUGAUGCCCAAGCUUUGACUGAAGAACCUCAACAAAUCAAUACGGAUGACACUGAAGCGACAUCAGCAACCGUGAGACAAGUUCGCUUUGAUAACAAUCAAUCCGCUGAAGACGACAUUGGCAAAGCAGCGGAUAAAGAUGCCUCUUUGGCGACGGAUCCUGUUCCUACUGCCAUCACGUCUACUUCUGCUCCAAAUCCUACCGAGAUGCCUCCUACCACGGACGCACCUGGUAGCACUAACGGCGCCAUUCCUCGAAAGAAGGCCGCCACUCUCUCUCCCGAAAGACCCUCUAGUAUGGUCGCUAAGCGUGCCUCGAUGAUCAGCAGCAAUCGACGAAGAUCCAUGCACGAAGACAUUAUGCUGCGACAAAGAGUAUCCACAGUAGGAUCUGUUAGUGUCUCCAUCAAGCAAUGGGAUGAUAUCCUCAAAUCUGAAGAGACAACCACUAGCACGAAUGUGAUUCCACCUGCUGCUCAUCGUCGGUCUGUGCUAAGACAGUUGCGCCAACAGCAACAGCAGCAAGCCGGUGAGCAAAAUCCAGACGGAAGCACGCCAAACAACAACAAUGCAGUGCUCGACAAGGUACUUAAAUUCGAAAGAGCAUCUACAUUGGACGACCACCAAAGAGUGUCUCAUAUGCCCAGAAGAGAGAGAUUUCUGUAUUUGCAGCAGGAUCCCUCUGCUAUUGAACGCAAAUCCACCAUUCUGUCACCCAAGAAACCCAUUAUUCAGCACACACCUCACCGAGCCAUUGGCAUAGAUCAAGGGGUACAGACUGAUUUUGUCAAGCCAGACCCCACCAGAAAGCAUGGCGUGAGUAGCAGUGACGACGAUGAUGAAGAGCACGGCGAAGUCGAUGGCGAUGAAGAAUGGUUUUUGCAAGACUCUGAGUGGGAUGAACAGGAGGAAGUUGCUAUGGUGGAAUGGCUUCUUGGAGACUGA